GACAAAUCGACCGUCAUCAAUUGGCCGAAGCUUCGAUCAAUCGGUUGACGUUUCUCAACACCGCACCACUUACCACGAGAUCACCCGAGUCCGCGUCCCGCGACUGACGAACAACGACCCGAUUGUUCGGCGAUAUAUCGAAAGUGAAGAAUAAAGACACUUAGGAAGGAUCAGGAGGAACGGAAAGGAAGCCAAAAUGCCGCAGGAUAUGCCCCCCACCGGGGGCUACGGCCCUGUCCAGUACAAGCGCAACCUCCCCGCCCCAGGCUUCCGCCCGGCGACCCUCCUCUUCGGCAUGGGCGCCAUCAUGCUCUACGGCUUCUACAAGCUAGGCAAGGGCAACAAGGAGCAGAACGAGCUGGCCCGCGAAAAGCUCUGGUCGCGAAUCUACCUGAUCCCGCUCCUGCAGGCGGAGGAGGACCGCGACCAGGUCCGCAGGUACCUGGCGGACCAGGCGCGGGAGAAGGAGCUCGUGGGCGAGAACAUGAAGGUUUAUCACACGGACAGGUUCGUGAGACCUACGUACGCUGUUACGCCGGCGAAGGUUACGAAAUAAGGGGUGUUAGCUGGUGCAGUGAUGGUGGUGGUGAUGGUGGCGGUGGUGGUGUGAGUUGUAAGGGUCGUCGUGAGGAUGGGGUGACGGGAUUAGAGACUGGCUAGAGUGGAAGAGCUCCCCUGGUCAGAGUUGGGGGGUAUACAUACAUCCAUACGAAAAGAGGGAAUCAAGAUCGUGAAGUUAACUUUUGCCUCGUUUUAAUGUUCAUGAUUAGUAUGCGAAAGAUAUGAUCCACAUGCUUUGAAUUCUGGUUGCUAUGUUGCCUGCUCGACGGUAUGGACUCAUGGAACAUGUAGCUUUGGAGCAAUUACGAUUAUCCAUCUCCUUUAUGGAUCGUAAUAUUGUCAGUGUAUAGGUCAAAUCUUGCCUGUAUUGUUUGAAUAACUUCGUUUGUGAUAACCAUCCGUUUUGCUCUAUGUUUCUACUCGGAAUAGAUUGGUCUGUCCAUUGUACAGCAUGAUGAUAAAAGUUACUUUAGAAAUUACCAUCUAAAGCCUCGACGGCUAGCUCAUUUUCUUGGCUGCUGUCUAUCUCAAAACAACAAUCACCAAGACGGCUCGGGUAUCACGCCCAAGCAAGCUGGGUAAUCAAAUCCCAAG